UCAUUCAUUAAUCGCAACUGAUACAUGACAACAUUAUAUUAGUUCGUGGCAAUGAUCUACGCUCUCAUGUAUUACCUUGAUACAAUAGCUAAUAUUGAAGAAAACAAACAGUGGUGGCAUAGUGACAACUGGUGUGACAGUCAUUCUCCCCGUUUCGAACAUCAGCAGAGAUAACCCAGUGCUUCCUUGCAAUUGCAACGAUUACAAGACUUUCAAUCCUUUCGUUAGUCAAACGCGUCCAGUUCGCAAAGACUGUUCGACGUUAGCAGAAGUUUGAAGAAAAUAAGUUUGUUCACAAAGAAGAACAUUUAAAACAAACACAAUGACUACGGUACGACCACAGAUAAACCUGGCAUCGCCUCUCGUGAAAAAGGAGAGUCAAGAUCUGGACUUUGUAGCUCUGACAAUGGCGGCACUGCGGCUAGUCAGCCCUUGGACGGUGGAGACCAAAACCGAGAAAUGGUCACAAACAAUUGAACCCGGUGCCCCAGAAGCUAAAGAUCGCGUCAUCACCCUGGAAGAAGUGGCACAUCACGACACCGCCCGAGACUGUUGGGUGGUCAUAUACGACCGGGUUUAUGACAUAACUACCUUCCUAGAAGAACACCCCGGUGGAGCUGAUGUGAUGCUGGAGUACGCAGGGCAGGACGCGAGCACGGCGUUCCGAAGCUCUGGCCACAGCCGCAAUACCACCAGGACUCUAGACCGAUUUCUGGUGGGAGAACUACCCAUGCACGAGCGUAUGUACCGACGCCCGGGUGGCAUGCGCCUCUCCGAUAUCCCGGAUUAAACCACACUUCACAAUGGUCAUCCACAGAGAUCCUGGAUUACCAACACUCCACAAAGGCAAAACUCAAAAGAACUUGGAUUAAUCCACACUCCACAAAGGCCAACCUCAAAAGAACCUGGAUUAAUCCGUACUUCACAAAGACAAAAGCCAGCUGAGAAGACUUUCUUCUUAUCCCUCGCCUUCUAUACAGCGAAAGAUUAAUUAGCACGAAAUAUGUUGUCUGAACGGAGUAAAAUAGUUUUUAUCUUCUGCAGUGCUAUUCUGUAAGAACAACAUAGAGGUAUAAGAAUAGA